UUGUCCAAACAGCCAGAACAAGUUUCACAUAGUUCUACAAUUCAAGACAAAUUGUCCAACAAUUUGAGUUCUUCUUCUUCUCAAAACACAACAGAAACAUCUGAAACAGUUGUCCAAACAGCACCAGAACAAGUUUCACAUAGUUCUACAAUUCAAGACAAAUUGUCCAACAAUUUGAGUUCUUCUUCUUCUCAAAACACAACAGAAACAUCUGAAACAGUUGUCCAAACAGCACCAGAACAAGUUUCACAUAGUUCUACAAUUCAAGACAAAUUGUCCAACAAUUUGAGUUCUUCUUCUUCUCAAAACACAACAGAAACAUCUGAAACAGUUGUCCAAACAGCACCAGAACAAGUUUCACAUAGUUCUACAAUUCAAGACAAAUUGUCCAACAAUUUGAGUUCUUCUUCUUCUCAAAACACAACAGAAACAUCUGAAACAGUUGUCCAAACAGCACCAGAACAAGUUUCACAUAGUUCUACAAUUCAAGACAAAUUGUCCAACAAUUUGAGUUCUUCUUCUUCUCAAAACACAACAGAAACAUCUGAAACAGUUGUCCAAACAGCACCAGAACAAGUUUCACAUAGUUCUACAAUUCAAGACAAAUUGUCCAACAAUUUGAGUUCUUCUUCUUCUCAAAACACAACAGAAACAUCUGAAACAGUUGUCCAAACAGCACCAGAACAAGUUUCACAUAGUUCUACAAUUCAAGACAAAUUGUCCAACAAUUUGAGUUCUUCUUCUUCUCAAAACACAACAGAAACAUCUGAAACAGUUGUCCAAACAGCACCAGAACAAGUUUCACAUAGUUCUACAAUUCAAGACAAAUUGUCCAACAAUUUGAGUUCUUCUUCUUCUCAAAACACAACAGAAACAUCUGAAACAGUUGUCCAAACAGCACCAGAACAAGUUUCACAUAGUUCUACAAUUCAAGACAAAUUGUCCAACAAUUUGAGUUCUUCUUCUUCUCAAAACACAACAGAAACAUCUGAAACAGUUGUCCAAACAGCACCAGAACAAGUUUCACAUAGUUCUACAAUUCAAGACAAAUUGUCCAACAAUUUGAGUUCUUCUUCUUCUCAAAACACAACAGAAACAUCUGAAACAGUUGUCCAAACAGCACCAGAACAAGUUUCACAUAGUUCUACAAUUCAAGACAAAUUGUCCAACAAUUUGAGUUCUUCUUCUUCUCAAAACACAACAGAAACAUCUGAAACAGUUGUCCAAACAGCACCAGAACAAGUUUCACAUAGUUCUACAAUUCAAGACAAAUUGUCCAACAAUUUGAGUUCUUCUUCUUCUCAAAACACAACAGAAACAUCUGAAACAGUUGUCCAAACAGCACCAGAACAAGUUUCACAUAGUUCUACAAUUCAAGACAAAUUGUCCAACAAUUUGAGUUCUUCUUCUUCUCAAAACACAACAGAAACAUCUGAAACAGUUGUCCAAACAGCACCAGAACAAGUUUCACAUAGUUCUACAAUUCAAGACAAAUUGUCCAACAAUUUGAGUUCUUCUUCUUCUCAAAACACAACAGAAACAUCUGAAACAGUUGUCCAAACAGCACCAGAACAAGUUUCACAUAGUUCUACAAUUCAAGACAAAUUGUCCAACAAUUUGAGUUCUUCUUCUUCUCAAAACACAACAGAAACAUCUGAAACAGUUGUCCAAACAGCACCAGAACAAGUUUCACAUAGUUCUACAAUUCAAGACAAAUUGUCCAACAAUUUGAGUUCUUCUUCUUCUCAAAACACAACAGAAACAUCUGAAACAGUUGUCCAAACAGCACCAGAACAAGUUUCACAUAGUUCUACAAUUCAAGACAAAUUGUCCAACAAUUUGAGUUCUUCUUCUUCUCAAAACACAACAGAAACAUCUGAAACAGUUGUCCAAACAGCACCAGAACAAGUUUCACAUAGUUCUACAAUUCAAGACAAAUUGUCCAACAAUUUGAGUUCUUCUUCUUCUCAAAACACAACAGAAACAUCUGAAACAGUUGUCCAAACAGCACCAGAACAAGUUUCACAUAGUUCUACAAUUCAAGACAAAUUGUCCAACAAUUUGAGUUCUUCUUCUUCUCAAAACACAACAGAAACAUCUGAAACAGUUGUCCAAACAGCACCAGAACAAGUUUCACAUAGUUCUACAAUUCAAGACAAAUUGUCCAACAAUUUGAGUUCUUCUUCUUCUCAAAACACAACAGAAACAUCUGAAACAGUUGUCCAAACAGCACCAGAACAAGUUUCACAUAGUUCUACAAUUCAAGACAAAUUGUCCAACAAUUUGAGUUCUUCUUCUUCUCAAAACACAACAGAAACAUCUGAAACAGUUGUCCAAACAGCACCAGAACAAGUUUCACAUAGUUCUACAAUUCAAGACAAAUUGUCCAACAAUUUGAGUUCUUCUUCUUCUCAAAACACAACAGAAACAUCUGAAACAGUUGUCCAAACAGCACCAGAACAAGUUUCACAUAGUUCUACAAUUCAAGACAAAUUGUCCAACAAUUUGAGUUCUUCUUCUUCUCAAAACACAACAGAAACAUCUGAAACAGUUGUCCAAACAGCACCAGAACAAGUUUCACAUAGUUCUACAAUUCAAGACAAAUUGUCCAACAAUUUGAGUUCUUCUUCUUCUCAAAACACAACAGAAACAUCUGAAACAGUUGUCCAAACAGCACCAGAACAAGUUUCACAUAGUUCUACAAUUCAAGACAAAUUGUCCAACAAUUUGAGUUCUUCUUCUUCUCAAAACACAACAGAAACAUCUGAAACAGUUGUCCAAACAGCACCAGAACAAGUUUCACAUAGUUCUACAAUUCAAGACAAAUUGUCCAACAAUUUGAGUUCUUCUUCUUCUCAAAACACAACAGAAACAUCUGAAACAGUUGUCCAAACAGCACCAGAACAAGUUUCACAUAGUUCUACAAUUCAAGACAAAUUGUCCAACAAUUUGAGUUCUUCUUCUUCUCAAAACACAACAGAAACAUCUGAAACAGUUGUCCAAACAGCACCAGAACAAGUUUCACAUAGUUCUACAAUUCAAGACAAAUUGUCCAACAAUUUGAGUUCUUCUUCUUCUCAAAACACAACAGAAACAUCUGAAACAGUUGUCCAAACAGCACCAGAACAAGUUUCACAUAGUUCUACAAUUCAAGACAAAUUGUCCAACAAUUUGAGUUCUUCUUCUUCUCAAAACACAACAGAAACAUCUGAAACAGUUGUCCAAACAGCACCAGAACAAGUUUCACAUAGUUCUACAAUUCAAGACAAAUUGUCCAACAAUUUGAGUUCUUCUUCUUCUCAAAACACAACAGAAACAUCUGAAACAGUUGUCCAAACAGCACCAGAACAAGUUUCACAUAGUUCUACAAUUCAAGACAAAUUGUCCAACAAUUUGAGUUCUUCUUCUUCUCAAAACACAACAGAAACAUCUGAAACAGUUGUCCAAACAGCACCAGAACAAGUUUCACAUAGUUCUACAAUUCAAGACAAAUUGUCCAACAAUUUGAGUUCUUCUUCUUCUCAAAACACAACAGAAACAUCUGAAACAGUUGUCCAAACAGCACCAGAACAAGUUUCACAUAGUUCUACAAUUCAAGACAAAUUGUCCAACAAUUUGAGUUCUUCUUCUUCUCAAAACACAACAGAAACAUCUGAAACAGUUGUCCAAACAGCACCAGAACAAGUUUCACAUAGUUCUACAAUUCAAGACAAAUUGUCCAACAAUUUGAGUUCUUCUUCUUCUCAAAACACAACAGAAACAUCUGAAACAGUUGUCCAAACAGCACCAGAACAAGUUUCACAUAGUUCUACAAUUCAAGACAAAUUGUCCAACAAUUUGAGUUCUUCUUCUUCUCAAAACACAACAGAAACAUCUGAAACAGUUGUCCAAACAGCACCAGAACAAGUUUCACAUAGUUCUACAAUUCAAGACAAAUUGUCCAACAAUUUGAGUUCUUCUUCUUCUCAAAACACAACAGAAACAUCUGAAACAGUUGUCCAAACAGCACCAGAACAAGUUUCACAUAGUUCUACAAUUCAAGACAAAUUGUCCAACAAUUUGAGUUCUUCUUCUUCUCAAAACACAACAGAAACAUCUGAAACAGUUGUCCAAACAGCACCAGAACAAGUUUCACAUAGUUCUACAAUUCAAGACAAAUUGUCCAACAAUUUGAGUUCUUCUUCUUCUCAAAACACAACAGAAACAUCUGAAACAGUUGUCCAAACAGCACCAGAACAAGUUUCACAUAGUUCUACAAUUCAAGACAAAUUGUCCAACAAUUUGAGUUCUUCUUCUUCUCAAAACACAACAGAAACAUCUGAAACAGUUGUCCAAACAGCACCAGAACAAGUUUCACAUAGUUCUACAAUUCAAGACAAAUUGUCCAACAAUUUGAGUUCUUCUUCUUCUCAAAACACAACAGAAACAUCUGAAACAGUUGUCCAAACAGCACCAGAACAAGUUUCACAUAGUUCUACAAUUCAAGACAAAUUGUCCAACAAUUUGAGUUCUUCUUCUUCUCAAAACACAACAGAAACAUCUGAAACAGUUGUCCAAACAGCACCAGAACAAGUUUCACAUAGUUCUACAAUUCAAGACAAAUUGUCCAACAAUUUGAGUUCUUCUUCUUCUCAAAACACAACAGAAACAUCUGAAACAGUUGUCCAAACAGCACCAGAACAAGUUUCACAUAGUUCUACAAUUCAAGACAAAUUGUCCAACAAUUUGAGUUCUUCUUCUUCUCAAAACACAACAGAAACAUCUGAAACAGUUGUCCAAACAGCACCAGAACAAGUUUCACAUAGUUCUACAAUUCAAGACAAAUUGUCCAACAAUUUGAGUUCUUCUUCUUCUCAAAACACAACAGAAACAUCUGAAACAGUUGUCCAAACAGCACCAGAACAAGUUUCACAUAGUUCUACAAUUCAAGACAAAUUGUCCAACAAUUUGAGUUCUUCUUCUCAAAACACAACAGAAACAUCUGAAACAGUUGUCCAAACAGCACCAGAACAAGUUUCACAUAGUUCUACAAUUCAAGACAAAUUGUCCAACAAUUUGAGUUCUUCUUCUUCUCAAAACACAACAGAAACAUCUGAAACAGUUGUCCAAACAGCACCAGAACAAGUUUCACAUAGUUCUACAAUUCAAGACAAAUUGUCCAACAAUUUGAGUUCUUCUUCUUCUCAAAACACAACAGAAACAUCUGAAACAGUUGUCCAAACAGCACCAGAACAAGUUUCACAUAGUUCUACAAUUCAAGACAAAUUGUCCAACAAUUUGAGUUCUUCUUCUUCUCAAAACACAACAGAAACAUCUGAAACAGUUGUCCAAACAGCACCAGAACAAGUUUCACAUAGUUCUACAAUUCAAGACAAAUUGUCCAACAAUUUGAGUUCUUCUUCUUCUCAAAACACAACAGAAACAUCUGAAACAGUUGUCCAAACAGCACCAGAACAAGUUUCACAUAGUUCUACAAUUCAAGACAAAUUGUCCAACAAUUUGAGUUCUUCUUCUUCUCAAAACACAACAGAAACAUCUGAAACAGUUGUCCAAACAGCACCAGAACAAGUUUCACAUAGUUCUACAAUUCAAGACAAAUUGUCCAACAAUUUGAGUUCUUCUUCUUCUCAAAACACAACAGAAACAUCUGAAACAGUUGUCCAAACAGCACCAGAACAAGUUUCACAUAGUUCUACAAUUCAAGACAAAUUGUCCAACAAUUUGAGUUCUUCUUCUUCUCAAAACACAACAGAAACAUCUGAAACAGUUGUCCAAACAGCACCAGAACAAGUUUCACAUAGUUCUACAAUUCAAGACAAAUUGUCCAACAAUUUGAGUUCUUCUUCUUCUCAAAACACAACAGAAACAUCUGAAACAGUUGUCCAAACAGCACCAGAACAAGUUUCACAUAGUUCUACAAUUCAAGACAAAUUGUCCAACAAUUUGAGUUCUUCUUCUUCUCAAAACACAACAGAAACAUCUGAAACAGUUGUCCAAACAGCACCAGAACAAGUUUCACAUAGUUCUACAAUUCAAGACAAAUUGUCCAACAAUUUGAGUUCUUCUUCUUCUCAAAACACAACAGAAACAUCUGAAACAGUUGUCCAAACAGCACCAGAACAAGUUUCACAUAGUUCUACAAUUCAAGACAAAUUGUCCAACAAUUUGAGUUCUUCUUCUUCUCAAAACACAACAGAAACAUCUGAAACAGUUGUCCAAACAGCACCAGAACAAGUUUCACAUAGUUCUACAAUUCAAGACAAAUUGUCCAACAAUUUGAGUUCUUCUUCUUCUCAAAACACAACAGAAACAUCUGAAACAGUUGUCCAAACAGCACCAGAACAAGUUUCACAUAGUUCUACAAUUCAAGACAAAUUGUCCAACAAUUUGAGUUCUUCUUCUUCUCAAAACACAACAGAAACAUCUGAAACAGUUGUCCAAACAGCACCAGAACAAGUUUCACAUAGUUCUACAAUUCAAGACAAAUUGUCCAACAAUUUGAGUUCUUCUUCUUCUCAAAACACAACAGAAACAUCUGAAACAGUUGUCCAAACAGCACCAGAACAAGUUUCACAUAGUUCUACAAUUCAAGACAAAUUGUCCAACAAUUUGAGUUCUUCUUCUUCUCAAAACACAACAGAAACAUCUGAAACAGUUGUCCAAACAGCACCAGAACAAGUUUCACAUAGUUCUACAAUUCAAGACAAAUUGUCCAACAAUUUGAGUUCUUCUUCUUCUCAAAACACAACAGAAACAUCUGAAACAGUUGUCCAAACAGCACCAGAACAAGUUUCACAUAGUUCUACAAUUCAAGACAAAUUGUCCAACAAUUUGAGUUCUUCUUCUUCUCAAAACACAACAGAAACAUCUGAAACAGUUGUCCAAACAGCACCAGAACAAGUUUCACAUAGUUCUACAAUUCAAGACAAAUUGUCCAACAAUUUGAGUUCUUCUUCUUCUCAAAACACAACAGAAACAUCUGAAACAGUUGUCCAAACAGCACCAGAACAAGUUUCACAUAGUUCUACAAUUCAAGACAAAUUGUCCAACAAUUUGAGUUCUUCUUCUUCUCAAAACACAACAGAAACAUCUGAAACAGUUGUCCAAACAGCACCAGAACAAGUUUCACAUAGUUCUACAAUUCAAGACAAAUUGUCCAACAAUUUGAGUUCUUCUUCUUCUCAAAACACAACAGAAACAUCUGAAACAGUUGUCCAAACAGCACCAGAACAAGUUUCACAUAGUUCUACAAUUCAAGACAAAUUGUCCAACAAUUUGAGUUCUUCUUCUUCUCAAAACACAACAGAAACAUCUGAAACAGUUGUCCAAACAGCACCAGAACAAGUUUCACAUAGUUCUACAAUUCAAGACAAAUUGUCCAACAAUUUGAGUUCUUCUUCUUCUCAAAACACAACAGAAACAUCUGAAACAGUUGUCCAAACAGCACCAGAACAAGUUUCACAUAGUUCUACAAUUCAAGACAAAUUGUCCAACAAUUUGAGUUCUUCUUCUUCUCAAAACACAACAGAAACAUCUGAAACAGUUGUCCAAACAGCACCAGAACAAGUUUCACAUAGUUCUACAAUUCAAGACAAAUUGUCCAACAAUUUGAGUUCUUCUUCUUCUCAAAACACAACAGAAACAUCUGAAACAGUUGUCCAAACAGCACCAGAACAAGUUUCACAUAGUUCUACAAUUCAAGACAAAUUGUCCAACAAUUUGAGUUCUUCUUCUUCUCAAAACACAACAGAAACAUCUGAAACAGUUGUCCAAACAGCACCAGAACAAGUUUCACAUAGUUCUACAAUUCAAGACAAAUUGUCCAACAAUUUGAGUUCUUCUUCUUCUCAAAACACAACAGAAACAUCUGAAACAGUUGUCCAAACAGCACCAGAACAAGUUUCACAUAGUUCUACAAUUCAAGACAAAUUGUCCAACAAUUUGAGUUCUUCUUCUUCUCAAAACACAACAGAAACAUCUGAAACAGUUGUCCAAACAGCACCAGAACAAGUUUCACAUAGUUCUACAAUUCAAGACAAAUUGUCCAACAAUUUGAGUUCUUCUUCUUCUCAAAACACAACAGAAACAUCUGAAACAGUUGUCCAAACAGCACCAGAACAAGUUUCACAUAGUUCUACAAUUCAAGACAAAUUGUCCAACAAUUUGAGUUCUUCUUCUUCUCAAACACACAACAGAAACAUCUGA